UCAAAUAUCGACUCCUGUUAACCAAGUCUUUUUAAUAUACUUAAAUGAUUGAUUUAACUCAAUGUUUAUAAUAAAAUUAUGGCAAGUUAACACAAUUUUUAAAAAACGAGAUAACAAUUAAUAACAAAUCAGUCAACUCGAAGUAAAAUGUAAAAAGAGUUCGCAACCCAUCCACGCAUAAACAUCGCGAUGCUCAUUCACAAGCGCCCGCGUAUAAACGCAGCGCGUCGCACGUUAGCCAACACUGCACACUGGAGCUUUGAAAAAUCAGUCAGAAAAGCAGCAACAAUGGAGUCCUCUGAGGCCGACCUGCCGGAGGAGGAGCACCCGGCCAAGUCGGAUUCGAGCUCGCAGCCCAGCAAGAUAUCGCGUCUCCUGCGCACGGAGUUCGAUGCCAAAUACCAGAUCGUGAACCUGCAGACGCCCCUGAAUGCCUUCAUGUCGGGCCACUACAAGCAGAGCUUCGCCUUCCACACCCUCAGGAGUCGCCUGCCCGUGGUGCUGACCAACGUCAUAGACACCCUGACGCGGGACAAAACUGAGCUAGUGGCUCAAUUCGCCUCCAGUGAAUUCGCACAGGCUGCCCGCGAGGAGCUAAAGAUCAUCAUUGGACUGAUCUCCAGGCUGAAGUACGAGCUGCAGACGGACAAGCCGUUCCACAACUUCACGGGGGAGGAACCUGAUCGAGAACUCUGGAACAACUUCAUCAGCAGCCUGCCCGACGGCGAGCGCUCCUUCUACAGGGCCAGCUCCCUCCACGCCGAGUGCUAUCUGCACCGCAAGCUGCAGUCCUUCCUGGAGAACAGCAUCUUUCUCAAGUCGUACGAUUACUUUGCCAAGAUCAAGGAACAGGCCUUGACCGACAACAUGGACGAUGUCCUGGCCCUGACCAAGUACACGCGCCGAUCGGAGAACAGCCUCGAGGUGUUCGACGAGCUGCUGCGGAUCAACAUGUGGAGCAACUGCAACGAUGUGGCCAGCGAUGUGGAGAUAGUCAAGCAAACCAACCGCCAGGUGCUGGAGAAUGUGGCGGCCCCCGAUGAGCAUGUGCUCGUUAACCAGGCGGCGGAGAUCUGGAGGUGCCUGGACAAUCAGAAGCCCAAGAAGCAGAAGCAGGUGGACUUCAUCCUGGACAACGCGGGCUACGAGCUGUUCAGCGACUUCAUCCUGGCGGAGUUCAUGAUCGAAAAGGGUCUGGCCACCAAGGUGCGCUUUCACGUGAAGGCCCACCCCUGGUUCGUCACCGACGUCACGGAGCGGGACUUCAAGUGGACGCUGGAGUACUUGAGUCAGCACGCGGACUACAUUAUAAGUCUGAUAGGAAAGAAGUUCCUGCAGUUCCUCGACGAGGGAAAGUUCGAGCUGGCGCCAAUCUCACACUUCUGGACAUCGCCACACGCUUUCUACAGCAUGCCCCACACGGAUCCAGACCUCUACAGCUCCCUGCAGUCGUCCAAGCUGGUGGUCUUCAAGGGAGAGCUCAACUAUCGCAAGUUGCUGCAGGACGUGUGCUGGGACACCACCCAGGAGAUGAGCACCUGCCUGCGGGGCUUCCUGCCCAGCAACAUUUGUGUGCUGCGCAGGGUCAAGAGCGAGGUCAUCUCCGGCCUGGCCGAGGGCGUGGGCCAGGCGCUGAGCAGACAGGAUCCAGGCUGGAUGGUGUCGGGCAGCUACGGGGUCAUCCAGUUCGUGGACGGAGCGCGGGAGUUCGGAUACUGACUUUGUUAAGGCUGGCAGUUUAAAUUAUUGGUAAUAAAUAGUCGUUACAUAUCUAGAAAGAGAAAUUCAAAGAGAGAAAUUCUAUAAUAAAACUUAGAUAUCGGAUUUAACUAACCUUAACUAACGAUUUUUUCUAAAUAUAACUCUAACUCACUACUCAUUGUAACGUUGUUAGAUUUUCUACUUUCCUAUGAAAUAAUAAACCCUAAAACUUAA